GGCCAAGCUGUCGUCGGUGGGAAGCAUCUCAGAGGAGGAGACGUGUGAGAAGCUCAAGGGCCUGAUCCAGAGGCAGGUGCAGAUGUGCAAGCGGAACCUGGAGGUGAUGGACUCGGUGCGCCGCGGAGCCCAGCUCGCCAUCGAGGAGUGCCAGUACCAGUUCCGGAACCGGCGCUGGAACUGCUCCACGCUCGACUCCCUGCCAGUCUUUGGCAAGGUGGUCACGCAAGGGACUCGGGAGGCGGCCUUCGUGUACGCCAUCUCUUCAGCAGGUGUGGCCUUCGCGGUGACGCGGGCAUGCAGCAGUGGGGAACUGGAGAAGUGCGGCUGUGACCGGACCGUGCACGGGGUCAGCCCGCAGGGCUUCCAGUGGUCAGGAUGCUCAGACAACAUCGCCUACGGCGUGGCCUUCUCCCAGUCGUUCGUGGACGUGCGGGAGAGAAGCAAGGGGGCCUCAUCCAGCCGGGCCCUCAUGAACCUCCACAACAACGAGGCUGGCAGGAAGGCCAUCCUGACACACAUGCGGGUGGAAUGCAAGUGCCACGGGGUGUCGGGCUCCUGCGAGGUGAAGACCUGCUGGCGCGCCGUGCCACCCUUCCGCCAGGUCGGCCACGCGCUUAAAGAGAAGUUCGACGGCGCCACGGAGGUGGAGCCGCGGCGCGUGGGCUCCUCCCGCGCGCUGGUGCCGCGCAACGCGCAGUUCAAGCCACACACGGACGAGGACCUGGUGUACUUAGAGCCCAGCCCGGACUUCUGCGAGCAGGACACGCGCAGCGGCGUGCUGGGCACGAGGGGCCGCACGUGCAACAAGACGUCCAAGGCCAUAGACGGCUGCGAGCUGCUGUGCUGCGGCCGCGGCUUCCACACGGCGCAGGUGGAGCUGGCCGAGCGCUGCAGCUGCAAAUUCCACUGGUGUUGCUUCGUCAAGUGCCGGCAGUGCCAGCGGCUGGUGGAGCUGCACACCUGCCGGUGACCACCCCGUGCCCGCACCACCUCUGGCCCGGAAGGCUGAUAAUUUAAACAGUUCCCCACCACCACCCCAAAAGAUACCGGUUGUAUUUUUUGUUUUGGUUUGGUUUUUGGGUCCUCAUGUUAUUAUUUAUUGCGGAAGCCAGGUAGGCGGUCCCAAGGGCAUUGCCGCUGACCAAAAGGAACUUGCUCGUGCCUGUCCACCGCGGCUGCUGCUGACCUCCAGGCUGUCAUCUGCAUCUGUUUUGCUACUUGCAGACUUGAGAUGGGUGGCGAGGAGCACCACGGCCACAUGCCUACUGACUCUGCCGUCUAGGGGAAAGUGGCCAAGAGGGCAAAUGGUGCCGUUGCGGCGGAAGCUGCAGCCCCGCGCCCAGACGGACCCCUGGCAGCGUCAGCCUGGUAGCCUUGUCUCUUGAGCCCCCAGAAAGGGAGUGGGACGUUACCGGGCCAAGGGCAAAGGGUUUACUGCAGCCCUCCGUGAGCGGCUGGAGGUUCGGUCUCUGUGGGACCUUCCAGAAAGGAAGAGCGUGUGAGAUGGGGCCGAGGGAAGGCCACAGGGCCCCCCAGAGCCCGGACCACCGGCCUCCCCUCAGAGAGGGAAACCCCACACACCUCCGUCCCGCCCAGGCAGGGACACUGGCUGCCUUCCUGAGUCGGAGAUCCCAGCUGGGUCUUCCCAGUGACACCCCCACUGACUCACCUCACUGCUCCUCCUCUGUGACAGAAUGGAAGCCGCCCGGGAAAGUGCCGUGACAAGGCUCUCUCCCAGCCGCUCUCACUCAGUGAACCAAAGUGCCGAGCCACACUGCGUAGUAUGCCCAGUAGCAGGCCUCUCACGUGCUGGGCUCGAGAUUGCCGGCAGCUGGGCCAGACAGGGAGGCCUGGGCCUACUUUACAGCUCAGGGCAUGUUCAGCCCAGCCCAGAGCGAGCUGGCCGAGAGGCAGAGCCCUCCACCGAGGCACCUCCUGGACCCCUCUGCCCAAAAGCCCAGAAAAUGCAGCUGAGUCUGGGACUCAGGGAGGCGUUUCUGACUGCAGGAAGAAGGGUAGGAUGCAGACCACAGGCCAAGCUGGAGCUUCCGUGGUUCCUGAGGGGCGUGUGGCUCUGGGGGUGUGGUGGGCAGCUGGAAGGCUGACAAAAUGAGAGCCCUGCAGUGGAGGCACCCCUGCCCUGAGUGCCAUGGCUCCUGAGGCUCCCCCAGAACAGCACCAGCACUGGCCCAGGCCCCGCACACCAGCCAGGGGUCAGGGGUCCAGCCCAGCCCAGGCUUCUGUGAGCAGGACAUGAGCACGGCAGACCUGGCCUGCCCACCCGCUUCUCAGAUGGGCUCCCAGCCAGGGAGGACUCCGUCAGCAGCUCUUCAGGCUGCCCCCGCAGGGCGGUUCGAGGCGCUGGGUUGCAGGUCUUGAGCUCUGGGAUCCCCAGGCUACUGCUCCAGGGCUCAGUGUCUGAAUUCAAAAUCCCAGACUCAGAGGCAGGCUCUGGGCCAUAGCUGUCCUCCAGGCCCUGCAGGUGGUGUUGGCUUCCUCACCAAGAGAGGGUCACCGAUGGCCUCAUGCUCCUUGUUCCAUGUCCAUUCAAGAAAGAGGCCCAAACCAAGUGAGAUACCGAAGCCUUACUUGAAUGGGGCGAACCCUAGCUUUGGGGCAGGUCGUCUCUGCCAUGGAUGAAAGCUGAGUAGAAAAAGUAACACCACAGCUGCCCAGUGGGGCCCCCCCGUUCCUCUAGUGGGCUCCGUUCUCAGUCUGCUCAAGGCAGGGAAAUUUCUCUCACAGGCAGACCCAAACACAGGAAGCCAUGAGAAACUCCCCAAAGCCAGGAGAGUCAUGGGCCCCCGUGGGGGCUGGUGUGAUGAGCACUUCCCCAGGAGUAAGUGGGAGGUUCUGUGCCCCUUCAUAAGUUUGACACUUCUGCUUACUGGGGGUGGGGGCUCCUCAAAGCUGAUUCUCUAGGGAGCUCAGUGAAGCACACUAGAUUCUAGGAACCCCUGCCCUCUUCCUCCCUGUACCUCCACCAGCACCCCAGAAGCCAAGGGAUCCACAGCCAAGGAAAUGGAGUGUCCAUGGACACGCCCAGUCCCAAGCUGUCCCAGAUAAAAGGGAGGAGUAACAACACAGGCCUGACAUGGCCCAGCCCCCUGGGAAUGGGCCAGCACCCAAGUUUAGUCUGCAGUCCUCUCCACGGGUCUCGCCCCAAGCCAGAGGUGAGGUGCUCAGAGGCCCAGGGCUCUGCCACCACGGCUACUACCCACGAUGGCUCCACCUCACCCUCUGGUUUUAUACUAGGCUUCUUGCCAUUGGACACCCCAUGAAAUAGCCUGAUGCACGAACGAUAAAAACGAUUAUUUCUU